CCCGCGGGCCCGCCGCCGCCGCCCGCCGCGUCCGCGUCCACCGCCCCCGCCGACGACUGCUUCCUGAAACCCGACCCCCCCGAGAGAAACCCCGCCCCGAAAAAACUUAACAAGAGAAAGUCGAGGACGCCCGUCAAAUGCGACGCCGGGGGCUCGGCCGCGACGGAGGAGGCCGCCGAGCCGGCCGGGCUCGACGCGCCCGACCGAGCCCCGACGCCCUCUGGGCGGAGGCCGCUUCCGAUAAAAUCGCCCGACACCAUCGUCGAUGGCGAAAAUUUAACGCGGGACCCGAGCCCCGAGGGAGACGGAAACGAUUCGAGCCUGCGGAGCGUCGACGCACCCGAACGAGACCCUGCGGUGUCCGAAGAAAAUUCGCACCCGAUUAAAUCGGACGCGACGCCUAUAAAACGCGAACCUCCAGCGGACGAGCCCGUCGCGGGGAGCUCCGCAAAUGUGCCCGCUCCGAGUGCGAGUGCCGAAGCCAGAAAACUAACGCGAGCGCCCGCCGCGCCCGCGCCCCGCACCCUCCGCUCGGCCACGCGCCGCGCCGCCACGAGCGUGACGUAUCUGUACGAGGUGCCCGUUGAGACCGUCGCACCGGGUGACUUUGAAAAACAUAUUCCUGCCCAGAAACGGGCCCGAAAUUCGCGAUCGAAUGCGCGCCUGGCCGGUCCGCUCGAACCGCCCGCUCGAAACGCACCCGCGCUUGCAUCGGAAAAUAACGAAGCCGCCCCGGAACCGCCCCCGAGCCGUAAUUUACGGUCGACGACUCUGUCGAGGUCGGCCCCCCGGCCGAUCGAAGUCGAAGUGCCGAAACUCGACCCGCCGAAGCGAAAGAGAGGUAGACCCAAGUUACAAAAAACUAUCGAUGCCGAAAGGGACAGGGAACGCAAGCGACGUAUCAGAGCUGAAGCCAGCGCCUUGAGGCGAUUGCUUAUUGAAAGUCAAAAACGAAUGAAACAGAAUUCACGAAAGAAGAACGCUCGAAAGUCCCGUGACUUAGAGGUUGACUUUCCUGCUGCUGCGUCCCAAUCGACGGUCAAAAACAUGUCAGAUUCCGUUGAAUCGAAACAGUCGGAACCGCUCGACUUGUCAAAACGGAUAAAUAAUAAUGGCAGUGAAUUAUUAAAAAUACUUACUGAUCCGCAAAUUCAUUCAAACAAACGAAAACAACAUUUACUACUACAGAAACGAAUUAAGCAAGAAAUGAUAGAUGAGCACUAUGAAAAAACUGCCUCAAAUGAAGCAAAUAAAUCUAUAAGUUGGCAUAUCCCAGAUGUGUCAUUACCAUCAAUCAAGCAAGAAUUUGCAACACCCCGCACGCAACAAAGCACGAUCAAGAAAGAAUCUGAACAUCCGAUUAUACCAAGUGACUUUGACAAGGAAAACGUCACGACUGAUCAAGUUGAAGUACACCAACAGUUGAUGACAAGUAAAGUUAUCAAUCAACAAUUGCAUGAGAUUCAUGUUCCUAAUGCCGUCAAAAAUUUACAAGAAUUACCACACCCUUACGACACUAUCACACAAAAGCAAUAUCAUAAUGGGAAGCAAAUUAAGCAAGAGUUGGUAGAUCAGCAAAUUGAAAAGUCUACUACAAUAGAUGCACAAAUACAAUCCAGUUGGCAUUUCCCGGAAAAUAAUGAACACGGAGUGGCCAUUGAGCGUUUUGGAACGCCAUCGAUCGAUCACGAAUAUGUAACUCUACAAACGGCACCCCAAACGCAACAACACUCGAUCAAGCAAGAGCCAUCUGAAUACCCAAAUAUACCAAUUGAAAUUGACGAGGUAACGGAAAUAACUAAUCGAGUAGAAGUACAUCGGCAGUUGGUCAAUGGUGAAGAGAUCCAUACGCAGUUGCAAGAGAUUCAUGUGCAGAAUACCAUCAAAGAUGCUACUAUCACACAAAAACAGCAGCUUCAAGAGAAACCAAUUAAACAAGAGAUGAUAGAUCAACAAUUUAAAAAAUCUAUUACAGUGGAUGCACAAAAACGUACCAGCUGCCAUCUACCGGAAGAAAACAAAUACCAUGUGAAUAUUGAACAACGCUUGAUCAAGCAAGAGCAACCUGAAUACCCAGAUAUUCCAAUUGAGUUUGAUGAGAUAAUGACUGAUCAAUUAGAAGGACAUAAGCAGUCUACCAAUCGUGAACCUAUCCAUUCACAAUCGCAAGAGGUUCAUGUGCCAAAAACCAUCAAAUCGAACCGUGAAAUAUUUCUUGAAAUUCAACAUACUCAUGACUCUUUAACACAAAUGCAACAGCUUCAUGAAAAGCAAACUAAGCAAGUGACGAAGGAGCAGCUAUUUGAAAAAUAUGCUAUAGAUGCACACAAGUCUGGCAGUUGGCAUCGUCCUCAAGAAAAAGAAUACCAUGUGAAUGUUGAACACUUGAAGGCGCCGUCUAUUCCGCAGGAGGAUCUGACUCAACAGGCAGCUCCCCAAAUGCAACAACACUCGAUUAAGCAAGAGCAACCUGAUCUUCCGACUAUUCCAAUUGAGUUUGAUGAAGUAAAUGAAAUGACAGAUCAGUUAGAACUACGUCAACGGUCAAUCAAACAGGAAAUAACUCAUCCUCAAUGCCAUGUACAGAAUGCCGAUAAAGAAGAACUGGUGAUAAAUCUAGAAUCACAAAAUACUCAUUCCCAUUAUAUCACACAAAAACGACUGCUUCAAGAGUUUCAGCAAAUUAAGCAAAAGUUGAUCGAUCCGCAAUCAGAAAAACCUGCUACUGGAAAUACACAUAAAUCUAAUAGUUGGCAUCUUACAGAAGAAAUAAACCACCAAAAGGACUUUGAACAUUUCAAGGCGCCAUCUGCCCGACACGAAAAUGUAACUCGACACACAACGCCCCAAAUACAACCAUACUCAAUGAAGCAAGAAUCAAGCGUACCUCAAAUUAUACCGAUUGAGUUUGAUGAGGUAAAGGAUGUGACUGAUCAAUUGGAAGUUGGUCAUCAGGGUCAUCAGUCGAUCGAUCGCAAUAUGUAUCAGGAGUCCAACAAGAUAAAUCUUCAGAAACGCAAAGCCUCGCAAACCAACGAAGAUAUUUAA